CUGUUUUAGAGAUAUUUUAAAGUCAACUGCCGGCGAGGGGCGAUCGAGAUAGCAACAGACGGCAAACCAUACGCAUCUCUCUCUCACCGGACGGUCACACCGCAGCCGUUCGAUCUUGAAACCGAACCCAAUCCUCGCCCUCCGUCUAAAUCCGACACCAAGCCCAACUACGCAAUAGUACUACCUCCAUCAAAUCACUCUGCACAGGUAACUACUGCUUAAUGCACGGUGCACCGUUACAUGAUAUCCUUCAGACCCUUUCAACGCUUAGAGCUUGUGCGUAUCGUUUUAUGCAUGACUCGUGCGCUAUGUAGAUAUAUGUAGCGGUGGUGAAGCACGGAAUAUUCUACGAGGCGAUGCCGCCGAGACAUUGAAACGAAUCAUUUGCUUCUGUUCGUAAAGAAUAAUAAGAAGAAAAUGAAUCAGCUGUUCAAAUUUAAAAAAUAGUAUGACUCGUUUGCAGGCAACUGUCUAGCAGGAGUAUAUAACACUGUCAAAUAUCUUCCUCCGAAUUUCCCAACUCAAGCAGUAGAGACUCGAGAGCAAUAUAUCUUUCCAACUUUGCCCCCGAGACAUACCCCCUCCCUGACCCAAGAUGCGCGAAAUUCUCCACAUCCAAGGAGGGCAGUGCGGGAACCAAAUCGGAUCAAAAUUCUGGGAAGUCGUUUGCGAAGAGCACGGGAUCGACCCGACCGGGCGGUACACCGGGGAUUCGGAUCUCCAGCUGGAGCGGAUCAACGUGUACUACAACGAGGCCGGUAGCGGGCGUUUCGUGCCGCGGGCCGUGUUGAUGGACCUCGAGCCCGGGACCAUGGACAGCGUCAGGGCCAGCCCGUAUGGGCAGAUAUUCAGGCCCGAUAACUUCGUGUUUGGGCAGUCCGGGGCAGGGAAUAACUGGGCCAAGGGUCACUAUACCGAAGGUGCUGAGCUUAUUGAUUCGGUGCUUGAUGUCGUUAGGAGGGAAGCUGAGAGCUGUGACUGCUUGCAAGGGUUUCAAGUUUGCCAUUCUCUUGGAGGCGGAACCGGGUCUGGGAUGGGAACCUUGCUGAUUUCAAAGAUAAGGGAGGAAUACCCGGAUCGAAUGAUGCUUACCUUCUCUGUGUUCCCCUCUCCAAAGGUUUCAGAGACUGUUGUGGAGCCUUACAAUGCUACACUUUCUGUUCAUCAGCUGGUUGAGAAUGCCGAUGAGUGUAUGGUUCUUGACAAUGAAGCCCUCUAUGAUAUCUGCUUCAGGACCCUCAAACUCGCCACCCCAAACUUUGGGGACUUGAACCACCUGAUCUCAGCAACAAUGAGUGGAGUGACUUGCUGCUUGCGAUUCCCUGGUCAGCUGAACUCAGACCUCCGAAAACUGGCAGUGAAUUUGAUCCCAUUCCCGCGGCUCCACUUCUUCAUGGUGGGAUUCGCCCCACUGACGUCUCGUGGAUCCCAGCAAUAUCGAAACUUAAGCGUCCCAGAACUAUGCCAACAAAUGUGGGACUCCAAAAACAUGAUGUGCGCAGCGGAUCCGCGGAAUGGCCGGUACCUAACUGCAUCAGCCAUGUUUAGGGGCAAAGUAAGCACGAAAGAAGUUGACGACCAGAUGAUAAAUGUGCAGAACAAAAACUCCUCCUAUUUCGUCGAGUGGAUUCCAAACAACGUCAAAUCCAGCGUUUGUGACAUUCCUCCAAGAGGGCUUGCCAUGGCUUCGACUUUUAUAGGGAACUCGACUGCUAUCCAGGAUAUGUUUAGGAGGGUUGGUGAGCAGUUCAAUGCUAUGUUUAGGAGGAAGGCAUUCUUGCAUUGGUACACCGGGGAAGGAAUGGAUGAGAUGGAAUUUACCGAGGCAGAGAGCAAUAUGAAUGAUCUUGUUGCCGAGUACCAGCAGUAUCAGGACGCCACAGCUGAAGGAGAGGGUGAGGACUAUGAUGAUGAUGCUAGUGCUGAGAACUGAAGGUGAUCGGCCGAUUUGCUGCUUCGUACCAUUCGUGCAGCAUUAAAUCGCUAGAUUACUCGUUCUUAAAUCGCUUUUAUGUGUUUUAUACGUUGGGAAAAUACUUGGAGUAUGUGGAAAUGAAUCACCUGUAUUACUGUACUUGAUCUAUGGCUAUCACUUUUGGUUUUGCAAGUGUUUAGUUAUGUUUGCUGAGCA